GACACAGUACAAAACAUUAAUUUAUCUGUGAUCUUCCUGGGGUGUCAUGGGCACCAGGCACCAAAUGCUUCAAGGUACAUAAACUUUCAUUGACUCCUCUGAGACUGCAGGAAGGGUGGGGCUGUCAUAGACACCGUCUGGCUCACAGUGCUCAGACGCAUCUGAGUACCCAGCUGCUGCUCUCUUUGUGUCUGAGGUGUUUCUGUAAAAAGACCCCAGAAGCUCUCAGAACCGGGAGUAGAAUGAUUGUCAAAUGCAAGAUUUGCCCAGCUCCCCCGCCCUAGUCCAGUGCGGGUGCCCACUGAGGACACGGCUCCUCAGCGCUCCCUUUGCAGGCUGCAGUCUCCCCUGGGUGACUUCUACCUUCUGCCCGAGUUACUCAUACUUCCCAGACAUGCUCCGGCUCCCAUCGCUGUCUGCACGUCUGCAUCUUAGAGAAACCAGUCUAAGUAAAGUGGGGAAGGAAGGUGGGGAAGAUGUCGCUCAGCAUCGGCCAUGUGUUGAGUGCCCUGCAAAUGCUAGUCCACUUCUAUUUUACACAUGUGGACCCCGAGGGACAAAGGAGACAGGGUACUCACCCACGGUCACUCAGCUAAUAGGUGGAGUGCUCAGGAUGGUCAUCAAGGGCUUCUGGAACGUGGCACUGUUGACAUUUGGGGCCGGGUAAUAUUUUAUUUUUGUUUUGUUUUUAAUUUUGAUUUGUUCUACUUCAUUGUACAUGACAGCAGAAUGCAUUUCAAUUCAUUGUACCCAAAUGGAGCGCCACAUUUCAGUUCUCUGGUGCAAUCAUACACAUACCUAGGGUAACAAUGUCCAAUCGUUCCACCAUCUUUCCUGUCCUCAUGACCCCUCCUAACCCUCCCCUCUGCCCAGUCCAAAGCUCCUCCAUCCUUCCCAUGCCCGCCCCCAUCAUAGAUCAACAUCCACUAAUCAGAGAAAACAUUCGGCCUUUAUUUUUGGGGGGAUUGGCUUACUUCACUUAGCAUAAUAUUGUCCAACUCCAUCCAUUCAAGACCAACAAAGAAUUACCCGGAGUUGGAGCGUAUUACUGAUUACUGUCCGUCCGGGUCGUCAUUCUUUAUUGGGGCUUGACCUACGCAUGGCGGGAUGUUAAUCAGCAUCCCAGCUGGUGUGCAUGGGUCCCCUUAGCACCUCACCUCCUGUUUUGACAACCAAACAAGCAAGUCUCCCCAAAAUGCAAGAUGCCCUCAGUAGGGAGGGAAGGAUUCCCCCAAGAGAACCAGGGGCCAGAGAGCCAGCUUUAAUCAGAAAAAGCGGAGGGACAAGGGUCUGUGCUGAAGGAGGGAAGCAGAGCAGCCCCACACAGACAGCCCAGUUUGAACCCCAGGUAAGCCGUCACCAUCUGUGUCUUCUGACUCCAGCCCUGGCCCACCUUUCCAGUGUGCAGGGCCUGCUGGGAUCAAUUGUUCCACUGCUGUGCUGGUUAGAAAGUUCUUUCCUACUGAGCCCAUGCCGCCUCCUGGUAACUGACUUCAUCAGUGAGCCCUGCAGAGCCCUGCAGAGCCCUGCCGAGGGCUUGAUCCCUCCUCAUGGGCUGGCACUUGAACUAUUUGAAAACAACGUAUGUGUGCCUGCCCUGUGCACAGUGCCAGCCCCUCCCGGGCCUCUGGGUGUCUUCCCGGCUGCUCCGGCGCUGGGAAAAUUCACUCUGAACAACAAAGGCAGCGACCACACGUGCCAGGGAACUAGUCUUACAGGGACAAUGACAUCUGGUGGAAUAAGUGACAGGAAUGCAGGAUGCAAUCCCAGAAGUGGACCCACGGGGAGCAGAAGGGCGGUAGGAUGGCGGAGCAGGAAAAUGCCAGGUCUCCCCAGCACCUGAGGAACCGGAGAGAAGACCCCGAAGCUAUGGCACCACAACACAUCCAGACAACGUUCCAAGAAACUGACAUAAAGAACAAAAAAAAUAGCAAUGGCAGAGAAGUGAAUGUGAAGGUUGGAAUAAGUCAGUAUCGAUUCAGCUGCUGGUUGAACAGAGCCCUACAUAAAUGAGAAUAAUUAGAUAAUUCCCAUUUGCCUGAGGCUUUACUUUACAUGACCCAUAUUCUAUUUUAAGGGUUUCCGAGCUCCAUUAAGGAGCAUGUAAUUUUACUCCUUCCUUUAGCUGUCCCUUAUUUCCUUAAAUAAAUCACAGUGGCUUGCUCCUUUUUGGGGGGAGUAUUUCUGAUAUCCUAUUCCUGCUGCCCCUCUGAAACAGCCCAGAUGCAACUCUAGGCCUUUGACUCAAGUCCCUUCUAAUGGAUAGAUGUCCUCCUUUCUUCCUCACCAACAUCUUCCUUUCUCUGGGUAGAGGCUCAUGUUAUAUCUGGCUGCCCUGAUCGGGUCCUGGGCAGAGUCUGCAGCAGACACUCCCCUCCCUUGAGCCUCAAGGAGUCUGGAUGAUGAGCACAAAGUUUGUAAGUGGGUAAAGACCCCAGCUGCCACACCUCCACUUCUUUUAAAAGUAAAAUGGAAGUCCACCUUGAAACCACACCACAGCAGCUGGGCACCCUCCCGGAAGUCUCUGUUCUGCUGGAGUUAUAUUCAUGGAAUUUUUUAAUGUUUAUUUUUUUGGUAGCUGUACACAGUAACUUUUAUUUAUUUUUAUGUGGUGCUGAGGAUUGAACCCAGGGCCUUGCACAUGAGAGGCGAGUGCUCUACCGCUAAAAGAUAACCCCAGCCCCAUAUUUAUGGAUCUUUUGAGGGAAAUUCCAUUUCAUGUUGCAAGGUCUCUCUCUCUCCCUCCCCCCACGUGUGUGUGUGUGUGUGUGUGUGUGUGUGUGUGUGUGUGUGUGUUGGGGAAGAGAGAGCAUGAGAGAGAAUUAUAGCAAAGCAACGUGCCUCUGCAUAGUGGCGGGUAAUGCUCCCCUAAAUAACUUGAGCUUCCACUGGCUGGCUGUUGUUCAUGAAAAGCUAAUCCUUCCAGGACAGAUCUAUAUAAACACAUGAUUAAAGGGUGCCCAGAAACCUCAAAUCUCUUCUGCUCCAUAAGUUCUUUCCUCCCAGCAGGCUCCAGCUAUGGACGUGUGUCUCAGCUCUGCGCAGCAGUCCCUGUGCCUGGGAGAGGCACCGAACUCCCCAGGUGGCUGGUUGGAGGAAGAGGAGGGGGCUCUCCAGGAAGAUGGCACCGGGGGACCCCCAGGAGACGCUAACAACAGAGAAUCGGCUCUUCGUAGCCUCCAGAAGUUCGUUCCGACAGAUUAUGCCAGCUACACUCAGGAGCAUUACCAGUUUGCCGGCAAGAAGAUCGUCAUCCAAGAGUCGAUAGAGAGCUAUGGAGCGGUGGUGUGGCCAGCGGCUACAGCUUUGUGCCAGUAUUUAGAAGAACAUCAAGAGGAGUUGAAUCUCCAAGAUGCCAAAAUACUGGAAAUCGGUGCUGGACCAGGCCUUGUUUCCAUUGUGGCCAGUAUUCUAGGAGCUCAAGUCACAGCAACGGAUUUACCUGAUGUCCUGGGAAACCUUCAGUAUAAUCUCUUAAAAAAUACCCUGAAAUGCACAGCACAUCUGCCUGAAGUGAAGGAACUGGUGUGGGGGCAAGACCUGGAGCAGAACUUCCCCAGGGCAGCCCUGCAUUACGACUAUGUCUUGGCCUCUGACGUGGUGUACCACCAUUACUUCCUGGACAAGCUGCUCCUCACCAUGGUGCACCUUUCCCAGCAGGGGACCGUGAUACUUUGGGCAAACAAGUUCAGGUUCAGCACAGAUUAUGAAUUCUUAGAUAAAUUCAAGCAGGUUUUUGAUACGACUCUCUUAGCUGAAUAUCCAGAGUCAACAGUCAAACUUUUUAAGGGGACAUUAAAAUGGGACUAAAUAAAACAACUUGUCUUUCAAAA